AUGCGCUUCUCAGUCGCCCUCGCAAUGCUAGUCGGCCUCGCCGCCGCGAUGCCCAAGUCCCCCCUAUUCAAGCGACAGUGCCCGACCCAACCUCAAGGCUGCUGCCUCCAGACUGGCACUUGCGAGACGUGUUACUUUGGAGAUGAGCCCUACCCGUGCAACUGCGAAUGCCUGGAAGUCGGAGGUUGCCCUUGCACUGAGAUUAUUAAUACCCCUGAGGGGAAGAAGUGUGUUGGCUGGUCUGCUGCCCCUGGUGGAGUGACUUGGUGGGACGGAUCAAGCCAUGAUUUGUUUAAUGCAAUCCUCAACAUCACAGAUGCCAGUUCACAAGUGUAUCUCGCUAAAGGGUCUACGAUUGCUGACUGCGGAAGCCAGCAACAGCCAGCAACACAUGUACCAGGGACUCCAAUCACUCAACGCAACCAUCUAAACGCAGACGAUGUGCUGCACGCAUGCAUCCGUGACGGCAAUCUCAGAAAGCUUCAGCAAUCACUCGCUGCCUCACCAGCCCCGGACAUCAACUACAAUCAUCACGGAUUCGGCCCGCCAAUUCAUUUUGCUUCAUGGUGCGGCGACAUGGAAGCCGUCGAACUGCUCCUGGCAGCCGGCGCGGACCCUCUCCUUGUCAGUCGCGGCGAGGAGAAUCUCACAGCCAUUGGAUUCGCCGCACAAAAGGGCCAUCGAGAAAUUGUCAAGCGUCUGUGGACGUUUUGUCCACCCGAGGCCCAUCUCAGUACGGGGAGGCGUCACCUGUCGUGCUUCCUUGUUGCUGCGCUAUACGGACAUGCUGCAAUUGUCCAAGAUUUGCUGGACUGGUGGGAUGGUUGGCCGCACGAUCUAAGGUGUCGCGCGCUGCUUGGCGCUGCUCGACGAUGGCACUUUGCAGUAGCUACUUUGCUCCUGAACAGGGCAACCUUCGAGUCGUCUAUCCUGCAAGAGGCGCUACAAAUGGCUACAACUCUGAGGCUUCUUAUGUCUGAUGGCGACGACGGCAAAUGCGACGGCAUCGACUACCUGAACCAGCAGCUUGUGGUUGAGCUGCUUAUUGAUGCAGGGGCAGACCCGAACGCUUGUCCAAAUGACACGCCGCUUAUAUACACCGCUGCCUACGAUGCGAAUCUCACGGGUGUGCUCAAGACCUUGCUCGAGAAAGGCGCAGAUCCCAACAAGACCAACGGGUCCGGUAAGUCUGCCCUUCAUGCCGUGGCCGAGGCGGUCAUUAUAGGUCGCCCGAUCCAUAUCAUAGGACGACCUGAGCCUACGAUGAUGAACGAGACUGCGAUCCGCCUUUUACUGCAGCACGGAGCCUCUGUAGCCCAGCCAGACAAUGCAGGUGAGUGUCCUCUACAAUGGGCUGCUUAUGGACUCGAUUUGCGUCUCUUCCGCCUCUACCUCUCAUCCUCUUCAGACCAGGGCCGAGAUGCUUUGCUGCGAUUGACGAACAACCACGGAGAGACGUUGCUGCACUUUGCCGCCGCUGGGUGCCGCGUUGAAACGAUGGAGUUUUUGAUCUCUCAAGGUUUGGAUGUCAAUGCGAGGAGCAUCAAUGGCUGGAGCUCCUUGAUGUGUGCCUUGGUGCCCAUCGAGAGUCGCUUCGGGCGAGUCAAGCCGAUGGGCGAAGCGAUACGAGCGGCUCGAAUUCUUCUGUCCCACGGAGCUGAUACUGGAAUUGUGACCGAUGAAGGCUGGACACCACUGCAUGCCCUCUCCCUCCAUCGUGACGGCGAUGUAAGGGAAACGAUGGCAGGCUUUGCUAGGGACUUGCUACUGCGAGGGGUCAACCCGGAAUCGUGUGCUCGGAUGCUGAGCCCAGACAAGAGAACCGUGGUGCCUUCACUCGGCCUCCCUUGGGGUCAUCGUCUGCGAGAUGCGAUGGCAAACCCGUCAGCUCAGAGGCUGGAAUUACUGCCAGCUAUGACACCUCUAUACUGGGCAGCUAUACGGGGGGCUGUCGGUGUCGUCCGAGCGCUAGUAGCUCAUGGCGUUGACGUUUCGUCAAUGCACGAAGACGGCAUCUCCCCGACCAGAAUGGCGGCAGAGUCCAAGUUUCUCGAGAGGCAAUCUGAGCUUGUUGAGGCAAUUGUUGAGCUUCUGCUGGCAGCUGGCGCAGGAUUUUGA